CCCGGGCCUCCUCCUGGAGGACGCGAUCGCGGGGGAGGAGGGCGGCCACCUGCUGCCGAAGGUGGGCAACGUCAGCUUCUUCCAGUACUUCAGCUCGGCCAUCCAGAGGGACCUUCGGGCUCGUGGGGCAUUCCCCCACCGGCCACGGACUUCGUCUACGAGUCGCUCCUGAUCCCAGACUCCGCGGCCUUCUGCUGGGGAGGGCCGCCGCCGCCGCGGCCGCUGCCGGAGGCGUGGAUCUCGGAGGCGCCGCCGGCGUGGUCGCGGUCGCGCCCGCCCCCCACGAGUACGGCUAUCCCGGGGCGAAGAAGCUGCCGGGCGUGCACCGGGCGCUGCGGGAGGCGGUGCCGCCGGCGGCGGACCUGUUCGGCAGCCCCGAGCUGGGCUCGAAGGGGGUGACCGGUCAGCUGCUGGACACCUUGGCCGUGCACAUCUGGCUCUCGUCGCCCGGCAUCGCCAACAACGCGCAUUUCGAUAGUCACUGGAACUACCUCGUCCACGCGGCUGGGGACAAGAGCGUGCUGCUGGCGCCGCCGCGGGACUGCUGGAACCUGGCCUUCUACCCCCGGGCGCACCCGGGGCUGCGCAGCAGCCCCCUCGACCUGCGGCGGCCGCGGGCGGAGCUGCUGGCCGAGUGCCCCGCCGUGGCGAACGCCAGCUUCCUGCGGGCGCAGCUGAGCCCCGGAGACGUGCUCCCCUUUGGCGUCCCCCCGUUUUGGGUUCAUUUUAUCCACGUGCCGGAGAGUUCGUCGCCUUCCGCGACGUAUAGCUUCUUCUCCGACCACACGACGACCAGCUGUUUCGUGCCAGCAUCCCAGCGCCUACGUCGCCCGGGGAGGCGCUCGCACAGCUGCUGGCAGUCCUGA